AUGGUGGUUAAUAAAUUCAGAAUGAAAAGCAAUAUAAUGAGCUUUAAUCUAUCUAGCAUGGGCUGUCGUGCUGCUGUUUUAUCAGUAAGCUUAGCCAUGAGGGUCCACCACAACUCCUUGGAUCUAAUUUCGACGCCAGGUCAAAAGGAACUCCAAGUAUGGGCUACAAUGCAUCAGCUACUAAACAUAAUAUCUAUAUUCGUCAAGAAGGUAAGGAUUUUAAGGUGGAAAGGGUUUUACAUGCCAAAUUUCAAGAGGGCCUGUGAGCACUUCUGCAUUCACGCGGGAGGAAGAACUGUUAUUCAAGCAAUCAAGAAACCUACAGUUGAGCAAAGAGGAUAUAGAAGCUUCCAAUAUGACUACAGAUUCGGAAACACUUCAUCCUCUUCAGUUACAUUGAAGCCAAAGGAUGGAUGA